AUGGGCUCGCUUGCGGACUGGCAGCUCAAGGCGUGGCAGGAGGUCUUUGACGAGACCUCUGCCUGCGAGAAGAUGCCGGGCAUCAAGCAGUUCAACACGGUCAACGUACAGGGCCUCACGCUGGGCUGCCCGGUCAAGACGGGUCAAAAGUACUCGCCCCUCCCGCUCGGGACCUCCAACCCCGACAAGCAGAUGCACCUCCCGCAAAAGUGCUGCGGCUCGUGCCUCACGCAGCGCACCGCGCUGUUCGACGCGACGAGCGUUGCGGCGCAGUCCUUCAUCCUCUCACCCGUCUUCAAGCCCUUUGGUGUCCCGCCGCCCGCGUACCACCUCUCGCCAGAGACAUCCAUUGCUUUCAGCGGAGACGCCGCCGGCCCAGCAGCCACCCGCAUCGGGUCGCCCUUCGCCAGUCUUGCCGACAUGACGUUCCGCAUCCAGACGGCGCCACAGCAGGGCAAGGAGGAGACCUGCCUCUUCAUAGACGGGGGGCCAGUCGACAACACCGCCAUCGCCUCGACGGUCGCAAAGGGUGCACGAAGCGUUGUGGCGUACGAGGACAACUUCGACCGCGCGCGCACCAAAGCGCUAGCUCCGCCGCGGGAUGGAGCCGACUGGAGCUAUUACCGGGAUGGAGCCGACUGGAUGGUCGGGCGUCCGCUCGAGGCGCUCGUCGAGCAACUCAAGGACCGCUUCUACUGCGGCGAGCCUCUCGUGGCCACCCUCGCGGGGCUCAAAGUCAUCGACAACCCGUACCAUGGCACUAGCACAAAGCAAGGCAGCGUAGACCUGACCGUGAUCUUGUACUCGCCGCCCAAGCGUUGGAUGGUCAACCGGAACCCGGAGCUCAACCCCGAGGCAAAGGAUUACGUCUGCGCACACCCCGACGCGGACGCCGUGGUCACGGGGAUGAAGCCGCUUGGCCUUUACCCAGUUUGUCCCUUCUACCCGGCCAAGCACAACGUGUUCGACAAGGACAACGGGAAGGCUCCGUUCAAGAAUUUCCCCAAUCACUUUUUGCCGUUUCCCCUGAUCGCCCUCUCUGACUCGCAACUCAAUCUCUACGGCUACUGUGGGGACUACAUUGUCGAACACUCCAGCGCUCCUCGAUCGACUCUUCAAGUCGCCGCCUGCUGGCGCAGCGCCCGGAUGGGCCAUAUCGAGCGGCGGGCGCAGAUCUACGCGGCACUGUAUUGGGAGCGGGUUGUUUCGCCCCAAGCAAAACAUGCCGUCGGAAAGCGCUGUGCGGAACAGCAGCCGUGGGCGCUCCGCGUUUUGGGUGCUCCAGCGUUCUGCGCGAGCAUCUUCGCACGAUACGCUCGGCUUGUCUGGUGA